ACCAAGCCACCGUUAUCAGUGGGAAUUAGGCUUUGUUAGGACAUGUGGUUAGGGAGUAACGGUUAAUUUUUGCAAAGAAACGGUAAUUUAUAUUUGAGAAAAUUAUAUAAAAAUUGUUUCGUAAAUGUAUCAGUACUUACGCCAUUUACGGAGUUUUACUCUUUAGGCCUUCAGGUUUUUCUGGCCAUUAUGUUACCACAAAUUUAAUUUAAUUUUUGAACGAUGGUUUUUGAGAACGCCAUCGUUUGUUUAAAAAUUAUUUAGGUAAUUGUCGUUCUUGAAACUUGAAUUAUUUAUAUUUCAUAGUUAAUAUCUCUAUGUUAGCAUUAAAAUAAAGUAUCGCUUUGUGUUGGAUACUCUAUUAACUUAAAUUAAGGCUGAAUAUAAUCUAUUUAAAAAAAGGAUGUAGAAGAGAAACAUUAAUAUUUUUUGAUUUAAAAAUAAAAGUGCAGCGACGUCUUCUGUGAGCGAAAACUAUUCAUUUUAGGCUAACACUAACAGUAAGUACCACGUCAAACAAGAACACAAGGUUAGGCCUAACGUACUAAGUAUCUUCUUUUCGCAAAAUGAAUACAAGUACAAGUACUAACGUUAGUUCGAGUAGUGUAAGCCACGCGCAACAGGUUAUGAAUAAAUUGGAAGAUUUCGAUUUCCCUUACUGUGAUGAAGUUACGAAGUAUGAAAAACUUGCUAAAAUUGGCCAAGGAACAUUUGGAGAGGUUUUCAAAGCAAAACACAGACAGACAAAGAAAGUUGUGGCCCUUAAGAAAGUUCUCAUGGAAAAUGAAAAAGAAGGAUUCCCCAUUACAGCUCUGAGAGAGAUAAAGAUCUUGCAGCUUUUGAACCAUGAGAAUGUAGUAAAUCUAAUUGAAAUCUGUAGGACAAAAGCCACUCCUUUCAAUCGUUAUAAAGCUACUUUUUAUCUCGUGUUUGAUUUCUGUGAACAUGACUUGGCUGGUCUUCUAAGCAAUGUCAAUGUGAAGUUUUCUCUUGGAGAAAUCAAGAAAGUAAUGCAGCAGUUGUUAAAUGGACUAUAUUUCAUUCAUAGUAACAAAAUUCUUCAUCGUGAUAUGAAGGCUGCAAAUAUUCUUAUCACAAAAAAUGGAGUCUUGAAACUGGCAGAUUUUGGUUUAGCAAGGGCUUUCAGUAUCAGCAAAACAAGCCAACCAAAUCGCUAUACAAAUCGUGUUGUAACUCUUUGGUAUCGACCUCCUGAGCUGUUGCUUGGUGAAAGAAACUAUGGACCCCCUGUUGAUAUGUGGGGAGCUGGGUGCAUUAUGGCAGAGAUGUGGACACGUAGUCCAAUCAUGCAGGGAAGCACAGAACAACAUCAGUUAACUCUAAUAAGCCAGCUUUGUGGAUCUAUAUCACCAGAAACCUGGCCUGGUGUAGAAAAGCUUGAGUUCUAUAAUAAAUUAGACCUUCCUAAAGGUCAGAAGAGGAAGGUAAAAGAGAGGCUCAGGGCCUAUGUCAAGGAUCCUUAUGCCCUAGAUCUGUUGGACAAGCUUCUAACAUUAGAUCCAAAUAAAAGAAUUGACAGUGACAAUGCUUUGAACCAUGACUUCUUCUGGACAGAUCCGAUGCCAUGUGAGUUGGCCAAGAUGUUAUCUCAACACACUCAGUCCAUGUUUGAAUAUCUAGCCCCACCGAGGAGAAGAGUUGUACAACAGCCUCAUGCUGGUCAGCCUGGUCAUCAGAAGGGUAUGCAGCCUUCAGCAGCUGAUGGACAGUACCAUGACAGAGUCUUUUGACCAUUAAUUAUAUAAAUGCUAAUAAUAGGUGUUUUUUUUGUUGUUUUUUUGCUUUGAUGAGAAUGAAAUAUUUAAUAAAUCUGUGUGUAAAGAAGGCAAUAUACUUGCAGGCUGGGUCGUCUUUUGAUACUUUUAAUCGUAAGUAUCUUUUGCAGUGAGUCAUGAAAAGUACUGGAAACUUUCUUUCUUUUUUUCAUUUGGUUACAUGAGAUUUCUGUGUCUUAUCUACAUUUGGCACCAUAAAUGGAAAAUUGUUUGUCUUCUGUACUUGUUAAUUGAUAUUCUGUACCAUAAGUUGUUCAGAGUCACUUUGCCCCUAGAAACUUGAAUUUAUUUUAUGAACUUCGAGUUUUAUUAAUUUCUGUCUGACAGUUAAGUUUUAUUGAUAAUUUUUUUUUGUACAUUAUUUAUACAUAAGAAAGCCUGAAAGUAAAAUAGCUUAAGAUUUGGGAGCUGUUUUGUCAUUUUUUAAUUUUCUUGAACUUUGUCAUUACAGGACAGAAUACUAUCAAAACAGAGAAAAAAAUAGGUUAGAAUAAUGCCAUUAAGUCUCUUGGUUUCUUGCUUUUUUUGUUGAAAGCAGAUUUAUGUUGAGUAGCUGUAAAGAUAAGAGUAUUAGUGAUUUCAGGACAUUAUCAUAAGAAGUAUGUAAUUAAUUUGGCAGAGUUUCUCAGAUGUAGGGUUUUCAACCAAAACCUUUUGUGAGUAUACACUUAGCUUUGCCUUUUACAAUCAAUAUAAUUUUUUGAUUAUUACAUACUAGGAGCAUUGUCUAGAAAUGUAAAACUGUCUUGAAGGACAAUAUGAUUAUCUUAAACCAUUUGUAUUAGAAACAAUUUUCACCAAAACCUGACAGAAAUUAAUUUUGUUGCUUAGUUAUCAAUUAACCAAAUAUUGAGUAGGAAAAUAAAAUGGAUUUUGUAUUUGUGUGUCUAUGUAUACAUAGCUACAGAAUAAAAUGUUAAUAUUGAAUUUCAUUGCAAUUCAGUCUUGUAACUUACUAAAUUUGAAUAGACUGUAUAUUUAAAAUGUGAAAAUGCAGUACCAUUUUUGUGUUUUGAUGUUGUUUCAGCAUCAAGACUAUUUAUAAAUAUGAUCAAAGUUUCCUUAAAAAACAGUUCUAGGAAAAAUGUUAAAAUAAUGUAUACAGUAACACUGAACUAACAUCAAUGUAGUUUUUUUUUAAAACUUGAAGUAAAAAGUAAUACUGUAUUUUAUGUAUUUAAAAAAUUUUGUAACUUCACCUUUUUUGGGGUAUUUUAUUUCCCCACAGAAUAUCUAGUCAUUUUUCUCUAAAUGGCAUGUGAAGUAAAAAAAUUGGUUUGGUGUCCCAAAAGAUGAAGUUUAAUUGGAGGCUUUGAUAUACUUUCCUUGGAAUUUUAGCAUAUCAUUGGGUAAAAUGUCUACUUUUGCAGUAUUGGCUUCUUGGCCACUCUGAAUGCAAUUGGUAGCUGUUCUUACUUCAGUGAGUUUUCUUCUUAGAGAAUGAAGCUACAAAGAGAGGUUCCUAAUAAUUUCACAUAAUUUUCCAUGUACCUUACUUAGUGUGGUCUUGUGCCUUUAGAUGAUAAGCUGUAGAGCAGAGGUUGCAAGCUAUUGUUACCAUUGAGGCUCCCCCAAACCAUGAAAUUUAGUGUCUUCUGCUGUUGCUUUACAUAGGAAAGUAUUGUGAUAUUUCGGAUAAUGUUUUAACAAAGUAAGGUUGGCAAUGUUUAUGUUAAUGAGAUGUAAUACAUGACAUUUCUGUAAAAGUGUUCCUGUCACAAAACUUACUUUCCUGAAAUCAAAAGUUGUAGUUUGUGUUUCAGUUAUGAAUUGUACUUAAAUAUUGGACUUGUAUAAAUGGUAUAUUGCAGGUUUAUUAACUUACUCCACCUUCUCUGCAAUGUUUCACUGUAAUAUUUUGCUACAUUUGCAACCUCUGCUAUAGAGAAUAAUAGGUAUUUUGCAUUGACUAUUAGAAGUCUAAAACGAAAGUCUGUAAAAGUUAUUAUUGUACUGAAAGUUCACAUGUAAAUAAUAAAGUAGAAUUAAAGGAAGUAUAGUGUGUUACCAGUGUUACUUUUAAUGGUGAACAGUUAUAAGGCAGUAUAAUUACUGGGAUGUUAUUAUAGCAGACUUUAUUUGAACUUUUGUAAUAUGUUGCUGUGUAACUUCACUUACAAAUGGUUUAAUGUGAGUUUAAAUUGUUUCCACCACUUUGCUCUGUUCUAAGAGAAGAAUGUAUGUUUAAUGUUAUUGAGACAUUGGGAGUUAAGGGGCCAUUUCUGUCUGUCUGGUUUUGUCAUCAACAAGUGAUAACUUUUUUUUUGACAGUUUUGUAUACACACCUUGUGAAUGAUAUUUUGUAUUAUAUAGUUAUGUUUAGAAUAAAUAUGUGAAGAAACACUGAA